AUGUCAAUGAUAACUACCACCGGCGCCGUUUUCAACCCCACCGACCCCGGCUCGCCACUCUCCAAGUCCCCUUCCGAAACCGCCGUCUUGUUAAUGGACUAUCAGAACCUCGUGGUCACCAAAUUGGGUCCCGUAGGAGACAGCGUCCUCAAUGUCGCCGCGCAACUUCGUGAUUGGGCACUUUACAAGGGCAUGCCGGUCUUCCAUUGUCUCGUUGACACAGGGGCAAGACCUGCACCCCAAUCCAAAUUGUCUGCGAGGUGGAAGUGGUAUGAGGAUAAAUUGGCUGCGACACCGGCGCUGGGCCGUGAGAAUGAGGCGAUUGCUCCGUUAGGCCAAAACGAUUGGGAGAUGACGUUCUUGAGGGCACCGGGUUUGGUUUCGGCGCUGGAGUCAAAUGGGAUUUUGGAGGCAUUGGAAGAGAAGGGCAUCAAGUCUCUUGUUCUCUGCGGCGUUUCUACUUCGGGUUGUGUGUUGAGUACGACUCGUGCUGCGACGGAUCGAGGAUACAUUGUCACGGUUGCCGAAGACGCUUGCUUUGACAGUGUUCCUGGUCUGCAUGGGAUGUUGGUGACACAGGUCUUGCCGACUACUGCGCAUGUCGCGACGGCGAGAGAACUCAUGGAUGCAUGGAAGAUUUUGUGA